UCUUCAGGCUUUAGUGAUUCUUUUUAUUUCUUGUCUCCCUUCCUCACACAAGGUGUAUCUGCAUGUGCUUGUCCAGACAUGGUUCCCUCAAAUAAUUACAAUUGAUAGCUUUUGAGUUUUGAUCAAAUGAUUUGGAUGUCCACUUGACACAAUUUUGAAGUUUCCUUUCUCAGAGAUAAAAAAAGGAGAAUUAGAGGCAUGUGCUUUUGGAAGGUACAUUUUUUUUUUCUUGAAGAAAACAGGUUAGCUUCCUCAUAAGUAUGUAGGCAUUCAAAAAACUGAUUUGAAAACUCAUGACAAGGGGAAGGGUACUAAGAUUUAGAAUUUGGAUAAUUUAUGCGUAUCUUUAUCUGCGGAUAGGGAUUUGAUUGUUAUUUAAACAAUGAGGUUUUUCUUGGGUAUAAUAUGUGAAGCUUAAAAAAAGAGAGGAAAAAAGGUAAAUUUUUAAAAAUAAAAAAAAAACUAAAAAUGGUGGAAAAAUAAAAUAAAUGAGAAACUAAUAGCACAAACAUCAAAAGAUAAGUAGAUUUGCAACAUAUAAAAAAAAAAUGAAAAAAAACUGUUUGGCAUUAAAAAAAUGAGAAAAGUGAAAAAACGUGAAAAAACACGUUUUUUCGUUUUUAAUUUUAUUUUUCAAAAAAACACGUCUUUUUAGUUUUAAACGACAAUUUAAUUUAUUGCAUUUUUUUCGAAAAAAAAUGCGUUUUUUGUGACACUGGUUAUUUAUACAUUUACAUUGAUGGGGUUGGUAAAUCUAGCGCUUUACAUAUUAAUACCUUCCAAAAGUGUUUUGGAUGGACCAACUGACAAGAUAGGAUUUUAAUAAUCUGAAUCUCCUUAGGAGGCUGAUAUAAGAAACUGUAACUUGAGGGUUUAACCAUUACAGAUGCAACGCCAUUUCUGAUUUCUGCAUUUCAGACUAAAGAUCCAGCUAUUCGAACCAUAUUUAUGAUUUUAUUGUAUGAUAACCUGAUGGCUGCCUUCAGGUUAUUCCAGGAAGUUCACAUGUUCAAUUCAUCUGGCUUUUUAUGAGUGUAAGAUGACUUGUCAACUUUUACACCACCUUAUACAGAAACACUAGCAAUAUCCACACAAUGCAUAUAAUUGGAUUGAUGAUAACUAGUGGGAUGUUGUGCGAGUAGUAGACGUCGCCAAGUUGACUGCAGUUUGUAGAUUUAUUCAGGUUGGUGCUUCUUUUGAAAUUCUAGACUUUGUUUUUAGCUUCGCUUAGGGGGUGUUUGGUGUGGUGGGAUUCUACUGUUAGUGGAAGAAAAAUCUAAAAGUUGAAAUUUUCUUCCUGCUGCAACAAAUGGAGUUUCCCUAUCAAGAUUUUUGUUGAACCCCCUCUUAAUCCAGAAAGCUUUAUUAGCCUGUUAAGGCUGGGUUUUCUUUCUCCAUCAGAGGUGUCCCCUAUUCCUAUGCAGCUGCACACCCCUCUUCUCCAGCUCUUUGUCCAAAAAAUAUUUCUGCUUGACUGCUUCAUCUCGUUUGUUUUUCUUUUUCCCCUGUUUUGUUUCUUUCUUUUUGCUGAUUGUGCCUCUUUAUGUGAUGCUCUAGAGUGGAUUACGUUUACUUAAAGUUUAGAUAAGAUGCUUUUGUCAGAAUUCAGACCUUGAUGUCCAAAGUCAUUCACCUGUGAAAAAGAAGAGACAAAGAAGGGAUUCAUUCUCUCACAAUGUAACAGCAGCCUAGUCAGAGGCAUGCCCUAACUUUGAUUAGUUAUAAAAUAGAACUUUAUGUGACUAAGUGAUUCAAUGUAAAAUACAAAAAUUACAAGAUUGCCCCUGUCUACACAUAUAAAGCAAACACAACACAUGAUGCAUGGUUUGGAUCCUAAACAGAACAAAUCCAAACCCAAAAAUUCUAAACAUGGCUUUUCACCUUCUACCUAUGUCACAUGGUUGCGGGUGCUGAUGCAGCGGGGCUGUAUAUAUGUGUGUGUAAAUUAUUUGUUACAUUGCUAUUUAACUGUUUAGUGGCCUUAUUUAUCUAUGUUUACACUUUACAUAUAAAUUUUUGUAUUAGAGAUAAUUUAGUUAUGUGCACAUUUAAAAUGGCCAGUUUUGACUCGGUUUGGCUGACCGAACCAAAUAUGCUGUGUCAGAGAAGCACCUGCACCAGCAUCAGCACAGGUGUGGCACCAUUUAGAAGCACCCAUGUGACAUAGCAUUCGAUGUUUUUUUUACAAAAUAAGCAUAAGAAUAACAUCUUAAUAACUGAAAAAAGAAUAAUUAUUUUCACACCAAUUACUAUGAGCAAAGCAAGGAAAUAUGCACUCACCUGUAAGGCCAUCUGUUCAAUUUAUUCAUUUUAGAGAACUGUUUAAACCAAGAAAGUACAGAUGGUACUGAAAAUAUUUUCAGAUGAAAGGUAAAACUGAAAAUAUAGUCGGCCAUAUUAGUGAGUUUGCCAAUCAUAACAGUAUUUCUGUUUAACAUAUUUCCAACAGUAAUUUCUUUUAUCCUAGAAAACUUCUUCAGGUCCAACAAAGUUGCAAACAGAACAAAUGACAUUAUGGAAUUCUUCUUCCAGUAUAUCAAUCACACCUUGCAUUUGGAAAAUGUCCAACCUUUUCUGGGCCAUCAAGCACCCCCUUGGAAUUCUGGGAUUUGUUAACUUGAUGAGGUAAAAAGUUGAAAUGAAAAUAGAAUUUGAGAUCAUCUAGAAAUGUCAUCCUUCCAAAGGUUUGCAUUCAAUUGAAUCAUGGGACUCCAGAAAUUCAGAAGUUACUAUUUGCAAUAAUUACACAGUAUUCUAGGCUUCUAGAGUUUCAACAUCAGGUUACUACAAGACCUGGUUUCAAGUGUUGUCUAAUGUUGCCUGAUUCAAAAGCUUAUUUUGGUAGAGUUCAUGGUUCUGUGUUUACUUCUCCUGAUUUGGCUCAUUGGUGGAUAAAAAUUUUGACCUCAUUUGUGCUUUGCAAUUGAUGAGAUUACAUUAAGCCUCAUGAAAGCUAAAGUUCUGAAUGGAAAUCACAUUGACUUAUCUGUUUUCUAGCAAGCGUUGACUGUAUAAAAUACAUAAGUGCAUUUUUAUGUUUCCAAUUUGGGAAAUGGAUACCUUAAAAUCUUAAAAAGUGGGAAGCAAGGAAUGAAUUGGAAGAAAAUCGUGCAUUAAAUUAGGAAUGGAUUAAGAAGCAGACCGGAAGUUAAUUAGGAAUAUAAUUUUAAGGAAUAGUAUAUGUUUUUGAACUUAAAGGAAUAUAAUUUUAAGGAAUAGUAUAUGUUUUUGAACUUGCUUGUUAGGCAAGAAAGUGAACUCCCAUAGGAGAGCAUGGGUGGAGGCAAGGUUCUUCCAAAUGGGGAAGCAAGAAAGGAAGCAUGCCUCCUCUAUAAAAAAAAAAAACACUAUACACCAUGCCUCGGAAGAAUUGGCUUUUGGUGACCCUAAAGGUAUCCUGAGUUUGGGGCUGAUUCAUGGCCAAUUUCAGCUCAGCUGGAUGGGCUAUCCUGAGCCUAUGAUCUGCCCAACUUGUUGCCCUCCCUCAAAUUCUGCCCUCUGCUGUCCCAUUUGAAGAGAUUUGAUGCUUGGCUUUUAUUCUAGUAGGCUAUUACACGUCUAGCAUGUACUUUUCUUGUUCUAGAUAUGGAAAAAUUCUCUCUUUCUGUUGCAUGUACGGGUGGACUUCUUAAUGAGUGCUUGUUGAGGUAUGAAUUUAUUCUCUUUCCUCGGUUAAUAAUUAUUGAAAAUGAGCAAAUGCUUCACUUUUUCUGUUCUAAUUCAAUAUUUCUUUCUUUGCGUCAUUCUUUCUGGUCGUUUUGGUGGAACCACAAUUUCUUUCAUACGAUUUCAACUAUUUUCUUGCCAUCCCAAAAGUCUUUCCAUGCUGAACAAGCUUACCAAUAGUUCUAUUGUUUGUGCUUUCAGUUGUCAUUCAUGUGUAUCUAAAGUUGUGGGCGUAUGGUAAGUUUUGGGUUCUUUUCCUUUCUUUUCCUCAGGAUACUAAUGUUUGUGAUCUUCUGCAGCUAUUUAGACUUGCAUCUUCACUAUGCAACCGAUUGUCAAUCUGCAGGAUGUGCUUGUUGCUGAUUCUCUCUCCUAGAGAAAGAGAGAGAUUCUGAUCUCUUUGAUUUAAGUUUUGUUGGCAUACAUUACCCCCAAAGCCGUCAUCCAAAGUUCCAAACCCAGUCUUCUUGACAUCUAAAUGUUGCCAGAAACUUUGCAUUAUGUGAUUUACUUGAGAUAAUGUGACAGAGGUUAUACUUUAGGUGUUAAAGGAAACUCCUGCGGUGCAAAGCAAAUGAUUGUUUUGAUGAAUACAGGAAAUUCUAUGAACGUGUGUAUGUCUGCACACGCUCACUCAUGCAUGUCUUUAGCAUGCAACGAAAUUGCUGAUACCCCUGCUAAUACUACACCUGGGGAUUUGCCUGAUGUCAUUCAUGCAUGUGAUGAGUGAUUUGCUGCAACACAGUUUCAGUUCUUGUCCUGGGCUUGCACACAGAGGGUUUUCAUCAUGGUGCAGGCCAAGGCAUUUAGUGUGCAGUCGCUGUUCAACCUCCAUGGGCGUUGGACGCUUGCACAAGCCUAAACAUGCCUAGACCUUGGGUGCGGGGGGAUGGUCCAUUAGGUUUGCUAUAUUUCCAAGUUUUAGAUUCUAUAUAGAAAGAUUUUUCUAAUUUUAGCUAUAUCCGUAUCUAAUUUUAAAAUUUUAAGCAAUGGACAUUUACAUUGGCACAUCUAUCAUUGCUUUUUACUUGUGCGUUGAACUAAGCUUUGACAAGUUAGAAUUUUUUAACAAAAUGUGGAUACUUCAAGGGUGUUUGCAAGAACAUUGUAUUCUUGGUAACACACAUUUCAAAAACACUAUAUGUUUGUUUCAAGAACCAUUAUGUAUCUUGUAACAAAAACCUGGUAUUUUUAGAUCAUAUAUUGUAAGAACGUGUUUGAAGAACAUGAUGUUCUUAUCGAACGCUUUCUAAGUAAAUUAUGCAAAUUGCAAGCAGCUAAUGGAAUGACGUGAGUACAUUUCCAAAUUAUGGAAACUCGUUUUCCUAAUAUACAUUUUCGCUUACAAUAAUGCAUAGAUGAAUGUAUGAUUGCCCAUAUGUGUGGUUACCUUCUAAGUGAAGUUCUAAAAAGCCGCUUAUUAAGUGAAGUUUCUUCACUUCAACAUCUCUGCAAAACUCUCCUUUUACCACUGCACUUUCCAAGGAUGUGUGUGAAGUUUUGAAAGUGUUCCCAAGGCAAAAUUCCAACCAAUUUUAGGAAUCUUCGCUUGCACCAAGUCAAAACAAGUUCGAAACUUUCAAAGAAAUAGUGUCACCAAAAGCUAAUUCUACCCUAAAAUUUUCCACAUCUACAAAAAGUUUAAACGUUUCCUAAUAGGCCAUUUUCUUACUCAAACGCAAUAAGGUUUACUUCAUUCAGUGUUAUAAGAUUUUUGAAAUAAAUUAUAAAUCGUUCAUGAUAAUUUUGAUUGAAUCGCCAAGUAAAGCCUUCUUGAAAGCGCUCUUCUGCUGGCAAAGAAAUCAUUUUUUGGAGGUGUAAUUUUUGGUGCGGGGUGACAGACGAAGGAUUUAGACGACGUGGGUGGCCGUCGGGGACAGCAAAUCUGAGCGCUCUUCUAAAAGUCAAUGCACGGGUAUCACAGAUUUGCAGCAUACAUGCUUGAGAUCAGUUGAGAAGGUUUUGAUGGUUAUAAACCAAUGCGGGGACCUGAUGGAUAUGCAAGCAGUUUUCUGGUUUGACAUAUGAAUCAUCAUUUUUUCCAUGAACCUUUUUUGUGCUUGUGUACUUAAGUCUUAACAUAUUGUAAUUGGUAAUAAUUCAGUUCCACAAAUUGGAUGUUCGUUGCAGAGAGUGAUAGAGAGUUGGAUGAAUAUGAAGAAGAUGAACAGUACAAAGACAAUGACCAGUAUGAAGAGGAAGAAGAAGAAGCGGCAUAUAAAGAUGAAAAUAAUGAGGAAGAAGAUCCACAGCUCACCAAGGACCAGUUGGAAUAUUUGGAAAGGAGACAAAAGCUGAAGGAAAUUGUAAGGCAGAAAAUGAAAAAGGAGAAUGACUUGGUUUUGGUAUCAGCCAAAGAGAAGAAAUCAUCUUCCAGAGAUAGCUUUGGUUCUUUCUUUGGGCCUUCUCAGCCUGUUGUUGCAAAAAGAGUGAUAGAAGAAAGGCGUGGUAUGCUGGAUUUACAUCACAUUACAAUCAGUGGAUCAAAGGCUGCUUCACAGCAGCAAAACAAGAAUGUCCAUAGCAUGGCAAAUGCACAUAGAAGAUCUACUGAAAGUAGGCCACCACCUAAGCCUGUUGACAAGGUAUGGUGGUCAAAAAGGACUUGCCUACAACGAUAUGUAAAUUUUACCUUGAAGAGGAUUGCUCUGUGCUUGCAGACCAAGCUGAAAACACAGAAACUUAAAGAAGCCAGAGAUUAUUCAUUCCUGUUGUCAGGAGAUGCAGAAUUUCCUGCACCUGCAAAGGAUCCCAUCCCUCAACCAAAAGUGCUUCCUACUUUUGAUGCUUGGUCAAGCCAAGUGACUGCCAAUCGAAAGCCAUCACUGAGCAAGCCUGCGAACGCACUGCGUGCUGUCCAUGGUAACCAAGAAACAGUUUCAGCUGGUAGGCUUCCACUUCACUUUGGCGCAGAAAAAGGUGCUCCUGCGAGCAACCUUAAAUCAUCUGGUGGGACUAGGAAAAUUCCUGCUAGUAUUUCUGGCAAUGGUGAACCUAGGAAGCCUCCUGCUGGCAAUGCAGGAAAUGGUGGACAUAGGAAGCUUCCUGCUUGUAAUGCAGGAAAUGGUGAACCUAGGAAGAUAGCAACAGGAAAUGGUGAACCUGGGAAGCUUCCUGCUGGUAAUGCAGGAAAUGGUGAACCUAGGAAGAUAGCAGCAGGAAAUGGUGAACCUGGGAAGCUUCCUGCUGGUAAUGCAGGAUAUGGUGAACUUAGGAAGCUUCCUGCUGGUAAUGCAAGGAAAGGUGAACCUGGGAAGCUUCCCGCUGGUAAUGGAGGGAAUGGACUUGGCCGGCCCAUUGGAACAAAAGUGCCAGGUCAAAAGUUGCGUGGUGCUACAUUGGACCACAGGAAGGCUAUUAGUGCUACAAAUAAGCAUAAGCCUUCUGUUAGUGCACCAAAGACACCCUUACCAAAGCAGCAGGUGGUGGUUCAAAAGCAAUACAUAGAGCAGAAAAGGCUGAGCAUGCAACUAAUAGGAAAACAGAAUGGGAACCCUCAAAAGCAACUCCCUUCUUGGCCUACAAGCACCAAACGGCCAAAGAAGAGGCCUGCAGAUGAACAUUCUGAUGACGAAGGGAGUGGAGGGGAUUACCGAAGUUUGAUUAGGCAAAUGUUCAGGUAUGAUCCUAAUAGAUAUAGAGGGAUGGACGAAGAUGACAGUGACAUGGAGGUAGAUUUCAGACGCAUUCAAGCAGAGGAAAGGCCAAGCGCAAGGAUUGCAAAAGAGGAAGACGAGAGGGAACUUGCCCUCAUUGAAGAGGAAGAGAGGAGAGAACGGGAGAGGAAGGAAGCAAAGAGGCGCAAGCUCAUGAGCAGUCGGAGGUGAAGAUAACACUGUAAAACAAGGGGGUUAAUUUAACUUCUUGUGUUCCUGUAAUCUCCGUUGAGAGAAGGCCAACAUGCAUUAGUCCGACUUCACUGUAAUUGCACAUAUUUUUUCACUCAUUUAUGGUUGUAAACUUCUGUUUCAUCCUUGAAUAAAGAAAUGUAUGAUGUGAUUAAUCUUUUA